AUGAGUUCCGCAUCCGACUACAAGCAUUCCGAACCGUCAGAAGAUUCCAGCGAUGAAAGUUCGCGACCGCCUACACGACCAACAUCGCGCCGCCAGUCGUCUACGUCGCACACGCCACGCAAACGCCGUCGUCUAGAGUCGAUCGAUCCUGCCCGCGUGCGCAAAUACUACCUCGAGGGAAAGUACAACGACGCCUACCGCGUGCUCUUCAACGAGGACGUGACUCGGGCUGCUGCGCGCUUCGAGACGGAUGCCGAGAGCUUCCAGUACUACAACAGACAAAUCGGCGCUUCACAUUGGUCAGCACAGGAACAGGCUGUCUUCUUCGCGGCGCUUGAGCGAUUGGGAAGGGACGACAUCCCCGGCAUAGCAAGAGCGAUCGGCACCAAGAGCAUACCAGAGACGCAGGAGCUGCUAUUGUUGCUUCAAGAUGCUGCUACCAGGCAGGGCGAUGCUAAGGUGACACUCCGCGACGUCCCUGCUGCCAUCGACGUGGGCGACGAGUGCAACGAGCAGCUGGAUCUUGCGGGUGAAGCCCUGGCGUGGAUGCAGGACGUCUUUGAGGCUAGCCAGGAGCGAGAGAGAUUCGGCGACUACUGGCUGAUCACGCCUGCUGUAGCUGACAAGAUUGAGAGCGCACACGACACUGGUCGUGACCGAGCGACCACAUCACCGCCUGCCAGCGAGCCAGAACCGUCACGGAGAGGCGGAAGAGUCGUCGUAGGAGCAUGUAUCUCAUGCAAAAAGUUCAAGCAAAAGUGCGAUCGAGCAACACCAUGCGCCAACUGCGUACGACGGAAUACGGGCGAAUGCACAUAUCCCGAACAAUCUCUCAAAUCAGAGGCAGGCGACCAACCUGACAAGAAAGCGCCCAAGAGAAAGCACGGCAUCCUCGAAGAUAUUCCAGAAGCCACUCUAUUACACCCACAGGUCAUGCUCACUCUCUCCAAGACCGUCUUCAUGAACCGCUCGCCUACGAUACCAUCCCCUUGGCCACAUUGGUCCGAAUACACCUCGGAGCUGGCUCGAGAACCAAGCAUCUACCGGACCGCCUUCAACGACUUCCACACACUUGUUCUCUCCGUCACCAAGCGACUCGUCCAGACGGCUCUCAUACAGGCUACUUCACGUCUUCGAUCACAAAGGCACCGUGUGAAAGGCGGUAUUCCUCUAGUAAAGAAAAGGGAUGUUCUGACCGCCAUCGAUAUUGUGGGGAUGCAGCAGAACGGUCAAGAGAGAUGGAAGGGGGUAGCCCGACGAUGUGCGCUGAGAGUAUACGAAGGCAAAUGGUCCCGUUACCGACGUAACAAUACCAAACGAGAGGUGCCCUGGGAUGAGGUCGAGCAAAUUAUGACCCCAGCGGAGCCAUCGAUAGAGCCUCAAACGACAGACGCUGAAACAUCUGGCAACGAGACUCCCGAUUUCAGUGCAAGAGCCAAACGGAGCGGGACGCCACUUCCCUUUGAUCAACUCGCUCUGUCAGAUUCAGAUGAAGAAUCACUUGUAGGAGAAAGCGAACCCGCUUCGCGAAGUGCGUCUCAGUCGAGGGAUAUUGCGGAUCAGCCCACAAAUCCACCUGCUGACAUCGUACCUGAGAAGCCUGGACCCCGCAAGUUAACCCUGGGUGAGUUCGAUCGAGAGAUCAGUCGAAGGGAGGAGCACGCCCUUUGGGAUAUGCUGGAUCUUGAGCCAACCGUCAAACUUGAAGAAGCCAAUAUCGGCGAAGAGAGCGACGAGGAUGAUCCAGAAGAAGGCGAAAAGAUUAUAACACUCCCCGAUGGUUGGCGCUCCUGGACACCCUGGCGUACCGAAUGGGAGGAGCUCGACACUCCACCGCCUGAGACUGCCUUUCUUGCAAACCAGAAGCCUCUUGAUGUGCCACCCAUCCUUCAAGGGCACAGCUCAGACACUGCCGAGUCUAGCUCCGACGGUGAUACCGACGCACCAACGCAAAAGCCGGGGCAUCGGAGCAAGCCGUCCAUUCAGCAAACGGUUGAGCUACAGACCCGCGGUACACACGCUUAUGCUGCACUACAAGGUCAAAGCUCAAAGCCCGUUGGGUCUCCAAGCGAAGCUAGCUCCCAAGACGAUGACACGAGUGAUGACAAUGCACAAGACCAUGGUCUACCUCAACCCCCCAUCGACGAUACUAGGGUGGAAGUUCCUACCUCAGAAUCAAGCGAUGGUUCGAGUGAUAGCAGUGAUUCGGAGUCGCAAUGGCCGACGCAGUCUAUCGAGGACAACAAGAAACCGACUCCUAGCGUAGGAUCGAGCGAAGUAAGCACCGACAUAGAAAUGGAUCAGCCUGUGCGGUCCGUUGAGCCUCGCAGCACUCGGGUUCCUGCAGUGGAUUCAGACGACGAGCCGAAAGAGAUGGAUUGGGAGAGCUUUAUCCAUUAG